AAUAGAAAGACGAUCCAAGUAUCAUGGAGGUAGAGGACAUGUGCGCCUGUGUAGUCCCUCCCCUGCCAAGUGCAAUGCAGACACGGAAGCAGAUUUUAAGCCUGUGGGCACUCAGUGUGUGUGUAGAAGAAAAGGGGGAGGGAAUGCAUUCACACACAUACAUACUUUCGGCUGAUGUAACAGAAAAAAACAAAAAAACAUGAUCACAAUACAGUGAAAGGUUUUUGAAAGAAAGAGGAGAGUGGUUUCUUCCUGGCUGUGGACUGAAUGAGAUAGUGUACGUCUACAUUUCCUGAUUUACCUCAUUCCCGCCUCCAUCAUGUCGCUGCUCACUCACGUGCUGGCGUGUCUGUUUGGUAUGGGCUCCUGGGUCGCCAUCAAUGGGAUGUGGGUGGAACUCCCCCUGGUCGUACCAGAAAUCCCAGAGGGGUGGUACCUACCCUCAUACCUCACAGUCCUCAUCCAGAUGGCCAACAUAGGUCCUCUCUUCAUCACCCUGAUGCACCGCUUCCGCCCAGGGGCGCUGGAUGAGCGGCCGGUCAUCUAUUGCAUUGUCGGUUUGGGGAUCAUUGCUACAUUCCUGCUGGCAUUCUUCUGGAGGCACACAGUGACAAUAGGGGGCUCUUUGCACAGUGUGCCCCUGCUGGUGUUAAGCUUCCUGCUCUCUGUAGUAGACUGUACCUCCUCUGUUACCUUUCUGCCCUUCAUGAUGCGGCUGCGUCCACAGUACCUCACGACAUACUUUGCAGGUGAGGGCCUCAGUGGUCUGGUGCCUGCACUGGUUGCUCUGAUUCAAGGUGUUGGUGUAGUUCACUGUCAGAAUGCCACUUUGGCUGGUGCAGCCAACAUAACAGCUGAUAAUUCCACUAUGGUUGGCAGUGCAGAGCUACAAGCCAUUUACCAGCCGGCUAAGUUCUCCGCCCAGGUCUUCUUUGUGUUCCUCAGUGCUAUGAUGAUCGUGUGUCUGGUAGCCUUCAUCCUACUCAACCAUCACCCAGCUGUGGCUCGAGAGAGGAAGAAUGACCUGUACUUCAGUGACGAUCUAGCUCUGGGGAAGAGAGAACCAGGUCUGUCUCUGCACACGCAGACACCAGAGCAGAAGCCAAUGAUCAGUCCCCUGGAGGCAGGGAGGGAACCCAGGAGCUCUUUUGGGAAGGGUACGUACAGCACUCUUGAGGUGGUGUUCAUCUUUGUGGUGCUGGCCUGGGUCAAUGCUCUGACAAAUGCAGUGCUGCCCUCAGUGCAGUCCUACUCCUGUCUGCCUUAUGGGAACAAGGCCUACCACCUAGCUGCCACCAUGGCAGCCGUUGCUAACCCAGUGGCCUGCUUCAUCGCCAUGUUUAUGCCGGUCAGGUCUCUCAUCCUCAUGGGUUUCUUGACCACAUUUGGGACUGGAUUUGGAGCCUACAUCAUGGCCAUGGCUGCUCUUAGUCCCUGUCCACUGCUGGUCCACAGUGCUUCUGGAACUGCGUUCAUAGUGCUAGCCUGGAUCCUGUUUGUCCUGUCCCUGUCCUAUGUGAAGGUCAUCAUCGGGGUGAUUCUGCGGGAUGAGGGCCACAGUGCCCUGGUGUGGUGUGGGGCAGUAGUGCAGUUGGGCUCCAUGAUGGGUGCUAUAUCCAUGUUCCCACUAGUCAGUGUCUAUGGACUCUUCAAGUCAGGUGAUGCUUGCAACACCAAAUGUCCAAUGUAGACAGUAAAUACAUUUAAGUUAAACACUGCUGUAUAAAACUGAAAUACAAAUUGCACUUGCCUUAGUAGCACUGAACUCGUGGUAGUUACAAGCCUUGUAUUCCAACUUGUGUAGUCAAAGGUCUCUGACUGCACAAGACUGUAUUACAAUUCCCUCUCAAUUCAGAGGUCAAAGCCAUUUUACUUGAACCAUUAAAGUGAAGGUAUAAUUCUUUGAUGUUGCUUUUAUAAGAACCUGUGGUACAUUUGGCUUUAAAAUGUGCCUUAAUUUGAGUCUCUAAACUAUUUAUGGAUUUUAGUUGUUCUACAUUAUAACCUGCUUUGUGUAUGUUACUAGAGCGGAGAAACUGUAAUACAUUACCAAAUAAAGCAUUUCUUUUUGUUGCUGAA